CCAUUAUGGUGGCAAGCAAAGGGCCCGGCUGCGGCCCGACACCCGAUCUCCUCUUUGGCUCUGGCCUCCUUUUGUCCCGGUAUUUCAUAUCUGACUGGGCCUCUCUAAUAAAAACCAUUCGCUCGGUGCUGGAGCCGCGAUGGAUCUGUGCUUUUGGAGCUUGAAAGCUCAGACAUGGGGAAUAAACAAACCAUCUUCACAGCGCAGCAGCUCGACGCAUAUCAGGACUGUACAUAUUUCACUAGAAAAGAAAUUUUCAGACUGUUCUACCGCUAUCGGGAUUUGGCACCGCAGCUCGUUCCUCUUGACUACACCAACCACCCAGAUGUGAAGUUACCAUACGAGCUGAUUGGCAGCAUGCCGGAGCUGAAGGACAACCCAUUUCGUCAAAGGAUCGCUGAGGUUUUCUCUGAGGAUGGAGAGGGAAACAUGACGCUGGACGACUUCUUGGACAUGUUCUCGGUGCUCAGUGAGAUGGCGCCUCGUGACCUCAAGGCCUACUAUGCCUUCAAAAUAUACGACUUCAACGACGAUGACUUCAUCUGCAAGUCGGACCUGGAGAAGACGCUGAACAAGCUGACCCGUAACGAGCUAACGGAGGACGAGGUGAAGAUGGUGUGCGAGAAAGUGAUCGAUGAGGCAGAUCUGGACAAUGACGGACGUCUGUCACUUGAGGAUUUCCAGCACAUGAUUAACAGAGCUCCAGAUUUCCUCAGCACCUUUCACAUACGGAUCUGAGGAAACCGGUGGCUACUUUCUCACUUGUAAAAGCUCAAAUGGAUGGACUGAAAAUACUACAGAGCUUCACAAAUCAAUCUUCAGAAAACCACUCCUACUUUUCGUUUUCAUUUUACCUUAGAUAUUUUUACCUGAAGUAAAACUGAACCCACACCGUGGAAGCCCAGUUAACCCAUCUGGACAGGCAUCAUUAAUUAUGACCAUCAACUGUAGAUCUGUUUUGUAUCUAACGGGGUUUUGGUUACACUGGGUAUAAAAGAGCAGAAUAUUCCAGUGGCUCCCAGUGGGCCAGUAGAGACGGAGGGAGCCAUUUGUCCUGAAAGCAGCUCUAGCGCGGGGUCAAGUCCUGGUCGCCUCAGCCAAUGAAAACACUGGAAGGAGUCAAACCAUUUUUAGAUCCUUUUUUAUUAAAUCAAAAGUACACAUAUCUACAGUUGGUAGAUACAUUUCAGAUGGGUUUAGAAAGUACAGUACAGUUUAUAUAGAUUUAUUUUUCAAUGUUCAAUGAUAUUUAUAUAAUUUCCCCCCCACCCCUCUAAACUUCUUCCUGUGAAUUUCCCAACAGACAGAAUGAAAACAUGGCUGCUAAAAACUUGUGUUUGCUUUAUUGUAACAUGUGAUGGGAUUUUAAGAAAAAGUAAAACAAAACAAAAAAAUCAAUCAGUCAAAAAUAAUUGCUGCUGAAGUUUAGGUUAACAUGCAGUUUUCAAACAAGCCUGACCUGUUUCUGGCUCAGUGAGUGACAAAAACACAUUAAAUGUAACAAAGCAAAUAAAUUCAUUUGUAAGGGUUUAUGAUAUACAAAGGUCCAAGAUUCACAAUGCAUAGCUCAGCUAUAAGAUCUGACGUUUAAGACAAAUGGUCCUAGUAAUCAUGAGGUCCCAAAUCUUUCUUUGAUACUUAAAAAAAAAAAAAGAGAAGCUACAACCAAA